AUAUAUGUCAAUAGUACAUAACAAGCAGAUUUAUUUAUUUAUACAUUAGAUGAAAUUAGCAAUAGAAAAAGAUUUAAUUGAGGUGGAAUUGGAGCCAGAAAAGAAAGGUUUGGUACUCAAACACAGAGAAUACACGGUCACAAGCAGGCAACAUAAAGUUAGUGUACAAAGACGAUACAAUGACUUUGUGUCAUUCCAUGAAGUGUUGUUAAUGCGAUAUCCUUAUAGACUUGUUCCAAAGCUUCCUCCAAAAAAAAUUGUUGCUAAUAAUGAAUUUAUCGAAGGAAGAAGGAGAGCAUUAAGACGCUUCUUAAACAUAGUUUCAAAACAUCCUGCUAUGUCCUACGAUCCAAUUAUCACCUACUUUUUGACAUUUAAGGGAUCGGAUGUUGGUCAUAAAUUGAAAGAACAGUACAAAGGUGUGCCUGAUGAGUUUAUGACAAAUACUAUGGCAGCUAAUGCAAAGGAAAUGGUACCGCAAGACACGCAGGGUAACUUAUCGAAUAGCAAACAACAAAUUUAUACAAUCCAUAGAUGUGUUGAGCAAAUGCGAGAAGUUAUCGAAAGAUUGGCAGGCCGUUCAACUGGAAAUGCUGUGGAUAUGUUAAACUUUAGUAAGAACUUAAGUGUCUUGGCAGAAGAUUCAAGUCCUGUCACUAGCUGGGCAACAGGCGGUACAAAAACAUGGCUUCAUCUUCAAAAAGGUUUCAAAUCACUAGUUGUUCCAUUUGCUUCCAUUGCUGAGAAGUGUGCAGUGCAUAGUUCCAAAGAGACUGAAGAAGUUAGUGACUAUUUGGAAGUAUUUCUAGACCUGACCACGGGUUAUAAGGAUUUGAUUGAACGCCAUGAAAAGGGCGUUCUUCGCGACCAUCAAAUUGCACUCCAUAAGAUGCAACAGUAUAAGCAGAGACACAUGUCUGCCACAGUGAAAGGAAACGACAGUGUGGACCAGCUGGAACACAAAAUUGUUCAACAGGAGGGAGCCAUACAUACGAUGGAGAAUCGAAAUUACUUCUCGUUAUAUUGUUUACAAAUGGAAACGCAGUUGAUACAUGCUAACCUGGACGUACUGGUGGAAAUGUUACGCAAUCUUGUUAAAAUACAAAUACGCAAGCAUAACGAGCUUUGUUCUCAAUGGGAAGACAUGAAAGGGCCAGUGGAUCAACUUGCAGAAAGUGUUAAAGGAGGGGCGUCUAGUCCUACAUCAAAUACACCACAGAUAUCGCCUACGCAAGCUUCAGCACCAUCUUUCUUCGAUUAGCAUCGUUCUACUUGGGUUAUAGAGAUUCAGAUGCAGAGACAAAAUUUACAAAUGAUUUUACGUUUAACUCGCCGAAAAUUAUAUUUUUUGCGUUAUGAAAGCAACAAGUGAAUUUUCAAUUUUAUUUGUUUUCUCAUUUUGUACAUAUGAUCCGAAUUAUUGUUUUGUUUGUUUUUGUUUAAUUAAUUAUAAUUACCUUAACAACCGACUUUUUUGAGUUAAACAUCCAUAUUGAUAUGCCGCUCUGUAAAGCCAAAUCUUCGCAGGGCGAAAUAUUCCUUGGGGAAAUUUCGGCCAAUCAAAAGUAUCAUUAAAUACAAAUUUUGGCGAUAGAGGAUACUUACUCAUCCAAUGAAGAUUAUUUACCAUUUCGCGCGAAAGUUUUUAAUAAAGUAGCCUUGAUUCAGCGUGAUAAGUGACAAAACACGGGGUGUACUUGUCCAGUCUAGUUGAGUAUUCUUUUAUGACGGGGGUAUAAACAUACACUAUAUUUGAUCAGAAUUUUAAUGACCAAAUAAUGAAUUUAACGGGAAGUCAUUGGGAUAAUUUAGCCUUUUUGUCUGCAACUUUUUCUUGUAGCCAGCAUAUUGAUAAUUUCCACACGUGUUAAUGCAGUUUGUGCUAAUUAUUUUCUAUGUAGGGUAAUUUUAUGUAAAGAUAAAAUAGGUAAUUUUAUUUUUACUCAAAUACCUUGUAUUUUCUAGGAAAGAUGAAUAUAAUUCUAAAUUUAUUAUAAAAUUUUAUUAUUUUUUGUAUGGAACUAAAAGAACUUUCAAAAGAAAUCCAUGCUGUCAACUUAUA